AUCAAAUUAAAUGCAUCCUUCUGGUUUUCCCAUCUCUUUACAUUCCUUUGACCUAAGAACUCUUCUGGGUCGGUCCCAGCUCUCGACAAGCCUUUAGGCCUAUGUCUAAUCUAUUCAAAUAUUUUUUUCCAUGAAAGUUGGUGAGAAAGCCUGAAAGGCUGAGAAAUCGCGUGAAUUGAUUUGACCCAGAGUGACUGGAUACGUAUACCCAUUGUAUAUAUAUCCAUCGGGGUUUAUUAAUAGCGUAGCCUAUCACAUGAUUCAUGCAAUCUUCCACUUUCACGCUGUUGCUGUGAGCGGAAGAAGAGGCGUUUGCUCUUGCUUUUCCUUGCGCUUCUUCUUUCAUCUUGCCAGUACUAGCAAGUAGUAUAUAUAAAUGUAUGUGUGUGUGUAGUAGAGAGAUGAUGUUGUUGAUUAACUCUUGUUUCAAAAAACCGGCCUGAUUCGCAUCAGAUUUCUUAGUCUUUUCUUUAUCAUUCGGUCCUGUUUCUGCAUUGAUUUCGGUUAUGUUUAUAUAGCGGUUUGGGUGUUUUGUGUGGGUUUUGUGAUUGGGAUAAAGUAAAGUUUGUAGUAAAUUUGCAGCUAUGAUGCCUCCCGAGGAUCCUUAUGAUGGUAAUCGGAGUGGGCCUGUCACCAGAACGGCUUCUCCUGCCAGGACCGCCAUUAAUAGACCUGCUAUAGAAAGCAGUCAUGUUCGGGACUUUGAUCCGGAUAAAGAAGAGGGCCAAGAUGAUCAGCAUGUCAGUGUAACUGAAACUGCUGUAGAGCUUUGUGAUGUUGAGAGUAAUAUAGCUGGAGGACGGAACAGUGCUCACCCGCUCCUGCACAGGCCUGUUUACCGUGUUACGCUUAAGUUUGAGGAUGUGGUGUACAAGAUAAAACUAAACACACGAAUAGGUUCAUGUUCCAAGGCAAAUAUGGAAAGGAGGCCAGUGGAGAAGACGAUUCUGAAUGGGCUCACUGGAAUGGUACGCCCAGGCGAAAUUCUGGCCAUGUUGGGCCCAUCUGGGAGCGGUAAAACUACGCUUCUGAGCGCCCUGGGCGGGCGUUUGGAAGGCAAGGUCUCAGGUUCCAUUCUCUUCAACGGCCAACGCUUUGCCAAAUCCAUGAAACGGAGGACAGGCUUCGUCACCCAGGAUGACAUUCUGUACCCGCACUUAACCGUGAGAGAAACUCUGGUUUACGCAGCACUGCUGAGGCUGCCGAGGGGCAUGACAAAGCAGCAUAAGAAAGAGCAUGUAGACGCCAUUAUUGCUGAGCUAGGGUUAAGCAGGUGCAAGAAUACUAUCAUCGGGGGACCCCUUUUGAGGGGUGUGUCGGGAGGAGAAAGAAAGAGAGUUAGCAUUGGCCAUGAAAUGCUGACAAAUCCAAGCCUUUUACUACUGGACGAGCCUACCUCUGGCCUCGAUUCCACCACCGCUCAGAGAAUUAUAAAGACAUUGCACAGCCUUGCUAAAGGUGGGAGGACUGUCAUUACCACAAUCCACCAGCCUUCCAGCAAUGUUUAUUACAUGUUUAACAAGGUUAUUUUGCUGUCUGAGGGGAGUGCUAUUUACUACGGAGAUGCCUCGGCCGCCAUGGAUUACUUCAAAUCGAUUGGACUCUCGCCCUUGUUUCCCACAAACCCUGCCGAUUUCAUGCUUGAUCUUGCCAACGGAAUUGUGCCUGAUCCAAGGCGCGGCGAUGCUUCGACGGAACUGCUGCCAGAGCCGCAGGCGAAGACUGAAAUGGAGGAUCAGAAGAACGUAAAGCAAAAUCUUUCUGUUCAGUACAAGAGGAACCUCGCAAGUAAAAUAAAGGCGGAGCUAAAUUCUGUGGAUAACUCCAACAAUGGAGAAAAGCAUCAAAGAUCGAAAAGCGAGAAGAACGAGUGGGAGACAAGCUGGUGGGAACAGUUCUGCGUGCUGCUGAAGAGAAGCUUAAAGGAAAGACGACACGAGUCCUUCAGUGGGCUCAGAAUUUUUCAAGUGUUGGCAGUCUCAAUCCUCUCAGGCCUGCUAUGGUGGCAGAGCAAAACUUCGGAAAUCCAAGACCAGGUUGGUCUGCUGUUUUUCUUCUCAAUAUUCUGGGGUUUCUUCCCUCUUUUCAACGCCAUAUUUACAUUCCCACAGGAGAAAUCAAUGUUAAUAAAGGAACGAUCCUCUGCAAUGUACAGACUGUCCUCCUACUUUUGUGCAAGAACAGUGGGAGAUCUGCCAAUGGAACUCAUAUUGCCCACUGUCUAUGUGACCAUAACAUAUUGGAUGGGGGGCCUCAAACAUGAAUUCAGCACCUUCAUUUUCACAUUGCUAAUCAUCCUCUACAAUGUCCUGGUCUCCCAAGGCCUUGGCCUCGCCAUGGGUGCAGCUCUCAUGGACGUAAAGCAGGCAACAACACUCUCCUCUGUGACCAUGCUUACAUUUCUUCUUGCUGGAGGUUACUACAUACAGAACAUUCCUCCCUUUGUAGCCUGGUUAAAAUACCUAUCUUUCAGCUAUUACUGCUAUAAGCUCCUCGUAGGUGUUCAGUACAGCAAAAGCCAAACAUAUGAGUGCUAUAAUGGCAGGAGUUGCAGUGUGGCUGAAUAUCCUGCAAUAAAGGCUGUGGGGCUAGACAGCGAUUCGGUGGACCUUAUUGCCCUGGCUAUCAUGCUUGUGGGUUAUCGCUUGCUAGCCUAUGCAGCUCUGAGAAGAGUAAAACCCAUUUCAUCCAGAAGCUCUACCUAAUAAUUUAAGUCAAAAGCCUUAAACUUGUGGUCUUAGAUUGAUUUUAUAACUGUAAAAUCAACCGGACUCAACCCAUGGAAGAGCACUUUUAAGCAAUUGACCUACUCCAAGUCGUUUUGUUAUAAACCCACUUCUUUUUCAGGCCUUACAAACUAUUACACUUGCAUUCCAAUAUUGAAACAUGCACAGUACUAUUUUCUAGUGCCCCCACAACAAUAUUCAUACAUCCAGAUGCUUUCGUUUUUAGUACUUUCGUCUGUAAGUUAUCAUCUAAGGAAAAUCAAUUGCUAGAAAAAGCAUGGAAACUGUUGAAGACCUACAAGUAAAUUGUAGGCCCAGUGCCAUUUUAUGUUUGUAUUCUAUUUUGAAAAAUGGGGAGGACCCAGUAACUACAAACUCAUAAUUAUACUUUUUGAUUGCUGAGAUCUCAAAUUCCCCCAUUGUCAUGCCAUCAAUUAUUGAUAAUAAGAGAGGAAGUUUUUAUA